AUGCGUCAAUCAGCACUCCAAAAAAAUGAUUCAAAUGAUAGUGGACUUACUAGUACAAGUAAUUCAUCAAGUACCUGCUCACAAUAUUCAAAACAACAAAAGCAACAACAAAAAACUAAACGACAAAAAAGUAAUAAGAUAUUUAACAUUUACUGUAGUAGACUGAAUCCUCCUCCUCCUUCUCGUCUUGCUUCUGAAUCUGCUAUUUGUCGUACAUUUCAUGAAUCAAAUAGAAUGUCAAGCUCAUCAUCUAGAAAGACUUCAAAUAUAUUCCCAAAACAAUCUCUACUUUCUUCUCUAUCGAUAUCAGUACCACAAAUACCAUCUGUAAUCAAGAACACCCAAUCUAGUUUUACUAAACAAGAAACUCUCUUACCAACUAUUCGACGAUUAUCUAAUAGUGAAGAAAUGGCAACAAACCAUUAUACAUAUGCAGCAUCAAGUUCAUCAGUAACACCACAUUCAAUGACACUCAAACGAAAUGCAUCACUUUUACCAAUUCUUCUACAAUCAAGUCCUUGUCUAGGAACUCAAACACGUGAUGUUCGUCAAAAAAAACCUAAAUAUGAUUUAGAAGAGGAACAGGAGGAACAUAAUAAUGAUGACGAUAGUUAUUAUUAUUUACUUGAUUAUAAAAAUUUAAUAAAUAAUUUACCAAAACCUGUUAUAUCUAUUCGACCCCGUUAUGGACAAGAUGAUUAUGGAAUUUUAUUUGAACAAUUAGAUCAUAUUCGACAAGCAAUGCCUGAUGCGAAUAUUUAUGAUGAAUAUGCGAGAAUUCUUUAA